AUGACUCCCACGGAAUUCACAAUCCUUAUUCCUAAUAUGUCUGACGACUACAGCUACGAGUCCACAUCGUCCGUGGACGACUACAUGAACUUCAACUUCACCGAACUCUUCUGUAAGAAGAACAACGUGAGGCAGUUUGCGAGCCACUUCCUCCCUCCCCUGUACUGGCUCGUGUUCAUCGUGGGCACCUUGGGCAACAGCCUGGUGGUCCUCGUCUACUGGUACUGCACCAGGGUGAAGACCAUGACCGACACGUUCCUUUUGAAUUUGGCGAUUGCUGACCUUCUCUUUCUCAUGACUCUUCCCUUCUGGGCCAUCGCCGCUGUUGACCAGUGGAAAUUCCAGACGGUCAUGUGCAAGGUCGUCAACGGCAUGUACAAGAUGAACUUCUACAGCUGCGGGUUGCUGAUCAUGUGCAUCAGCGUGGACAGAUACAUCGCCGUGACCCAGGCCACUAAAGCCCAGACCUGGCGGCGGACGAGGCUUCUGUACAGCAAGAUGGUUUGCUUGAGCAUCUGGGUGGUGGCAGUAGCGCUCUGCAUCCCGGAAAUCCUGUACAGCCAGGUCCAGAGGGAAUCUGACCUCACCAUCUGCACCAUGGUCUACCCGAGGGACGACAGUCUCAGACUGAAGUUAACCGUCUUGACCCUGAAGGUCAUCCUGGGGUUCUUCUUGCCCUUUAUGGUCAUGGUUUGCUGCUACACCAUUAUCAUCCACACCCUGAUGCAAGCCAAGAAGUCGUCCAAGCACAAGGCCCUCCGGGUGACCAUCACUGUCCUUACGGUCUUUGUCUUAUCUCAGUUCCCCUACAACUGCAUUCUGUUGGUGCAGACCGUAGAUGCCUACACCAGGUUCAUUUCCACCUGUGCCAUCUCCACCAACAUCGACAUCUGCUUCCAGGUCACCCAGGUCUUGGCCUUCUUCCACAGCUGCCUGAAUCCCGUUCUCUACGUUUUCGUGGGGGAGAGAUUCCGCCGGGAUCUGGUGAAAACCCUGAAGAACUUGGGUUGCAUUAGCCAGGCCCAGUGGGUCUCGUUCACCAGGAGAGAGGGCAGCUUGAAACUGUUAUCCAAUUUGCUGGACACCACCAGCUCCCUGUGA